GAAAAUUAUUGAUCACGUGACCAAUGCGAAAUGUCAUUCAGAAGCGUGAAAAAUAAUAUUGUUUGUAUUUAACAGCAUUUUGCGUACGCUAUCCAUUGUUAUAUCGGAUUUAAACACACUAGUGUUAUGAAGAACAUUUAAUGAUUGCUCUACAUUAAGUGUGUGUACAGGAAUAUGCCAAUAAUAAGACAGCAACAGGGGAGAUUUAGUUUGCAUCGUGAAAGUUUUUGAAAUCGAUGGCCAGUAGUGAAGGACAAAACGGUCCAAUGGAUGAUACAGACUCUCAGAAAAAGCAGGGGACCAGAGUAUUCAAGAAAAGUAGCCCUAAUGGGAAAGUUACAGUGUAUUUGGGGAAAAGAGAUUUCAUUGAUCAUCUCACACAUAUAGACCCUAUAGAUGGUGUUGUUUUGGUAGAUCCUGAAUAUUUAAAGGAGCGUAAAGUGUUUGCACACGUACUUGCAGCAUUUAGAUAUGGACGAGAGGAUCUCGAUGUACUGGGUCUCACGUUCAGAAAAGACUUGUUCCUGGCUUCAAUGCAAGUAUACCCAGCUGUCAAGGAUCAACAAAAACCUCUUACAAGACUACAAGAGAGGCUUAUUAAAAAACUGGGACCUAAUGCCUAUCCUUUCUUUUUUGAAUUACCCCCAAAUGCUCCAGCAUCAGUGACCUUACAACCAGCACCAGGAGACACAGGAAAGCCAUGUGGUGUAGAUUAUGAGUUGAAGACAUAUGUGGCAGAGAAUUUAGAGGAAAAACCUCAUAAAAGGAAUUCCGUCCGUCUGGCCAUAAGAAAGCUGACAUAUGCCCCGGAGGAGCCUGCACCACAACCUAGUGCAGAAACAUCAAAAGAUUUCAUGAUGAGCCCUGGAAAUAUAAAACUGGAGGCGUCACUUGAUAAAGAGAAAUAUUAUCAUGGAGAAAGCAUAGCUGUCAAUGUUCUAGUCGACAAUAAUACUUCAAAAACAGUCAAGAAAGUAAAAUUGUCAGUGAGACAAUUUGCAGAUAUAUGUUUAUUUUCCACUGCCCAGUAUAAAUGCACAGUAGCUGACAUGGAGAGCGAAGAAGGAUUUCCAAUACAGCCAAGUCAGACUGGUUUCUGUAAAGUGUUUCACCUUACUCCGUUAUUAUCAAAUAACCGAGACAAAAGAGGUCUAGCUCUUGAUGGUAAACUCAAACAUGAGGACACAAAUCUUGCCUCAUCCACAAUUGUACAGGAUAAUGUGCAGAAAGAGAAUCUUGGUAUAGUUGUCUCAUAUAAAGUCAAAGUUAGACUGAUAUUAGGAUUUGGGUCUGGAGAUUUAUCUGUUGAAUUACCAUUCACGUUGACACACCCCAAGCCCCCAGAGAGUCCGGCUCCAUCAAGGCAAGGAAGUAUUGCUAAACCAAAUGAUGGAAGUGAAGCUCCUGUUGAUACAAAUCUCAUACAAUUGGAUACAAAUGUGGAAGGCUUUGAGUACAAGGAUGAUGACUUUAUAUUUGAAGAUUUUGCUCGUCUACGUCUGAAGGGUCACGAUGGGGAUGACACUGAAGCAUAGAUCAUGUGACCUUUUGCUUGUCAUCAUUUAUCCAUUUUAUCAUGAAUAUUUUGCCAGUUCAAAUGCGGGGAUAGAGAUGGACAUCACAAAUUGAAUCAGCUUUUAGUCAUUUAGAAAUCAAAUUUUAUCAAUUUAAAUCUUUCCAUAUUUCAUCAUAUGUUAAGGCGGAAAUCUUUUUAUAUACCAGUACAUGUACUUCAGUUUCCUGGUUUCUGACAGAAGUUAAACAAUAUUUGUUAACAACAUUAACUAUCAUUGCAUUUAAAAUAUCACACCAGGGCUUGAAUCUUGGAAAAUGAAAGUUAAAAAUGAAAACACCAGAGUUCUUUCCUAUAAUCUGAAAAUUUUAACAUAAAAUGAUGUUAAUUUGAAGUUAAAGAAAGAAAAAUACAAAUGUAACAAUGAAUUCUUUACUGAUGACAAAUAAUAAAAAUAGCGAAGGAUAUAUACAUAUAAAUCAUGUAUACAAAAGUCUUAACACGAAAAAAAGUAAUUUUUUAUUUUUGGUUUUUGCUAAAAAGUUCGGAACUAUCAAAAUGUUAGCAAGUUAAAAUGUUAUAGAGAAGUAAAAAUAUAGCUCUGAACACAUCUGUAGAAUAUUGAACUAGUGCCCGAUAUUUCUGAACAAUACACUGCCUGGUAACAUAUGUCUUUUUUUAUUAUGUAAAGAAAAAAACUAACAAUAGAUACACAUGUGUCUUUUGUUUGAUUAUACAGUUUAUAAAGUUUUAAUUUUUCUUCAUCAUGGCAUAGCAACAACAUCUCUCUGAGCAACACAAAUUUCCUUUUACAGAAACUUGCAUUGUCCUGCAUUUUUUGAAAUAUGACAUUUUAUAUCAUAUAUAUUUUUUGUUAUUGUAAAGCAUAGCCUUCUCUGUUAGAAUUGAAAUUUUGUUAAUUUUUCAGUCAAACAUUGUUUACCAUUGUUUUUCAUAUUGUAAAAGAAGUGUUAGGGAUAUAAAAUUCCUUCAUUAGGAUCCAAAUUUAAAGCUUAACAAGGUGAUUACAUGGUCAUAGCAGGGAAAGAAUUAACAAUACUUGUUUUUUAAAAGGCCACUGUUUUUUUGUUUCCUACAAUUAAAAGCAAGAUAACAUGUAUAUAAACAUGAUGGCUGCCUUCUUAUACAUAAGUGGUGGUCUGUGUAGACAGGUUUUUCUGUAUGCUAUACAUUAUACAUAUUUUGGAAGAAAUUUCUGAAGGCAACUGUAUUAUGUUUACUGUAAUAUAAAAAGCCCAUUUUUAAUGUAAAUACCUUCUUACAAGGCAUCAGUCCAGCUUUGUCAUGUAAUGAUGAAAUUAGGUGCUCAUUUAGAUAUAUAUAUAAUUAACUUACCAUUCUCUAGAAGAGUUUUUCUCCUUAUUUAAAAUAGUUUUGUUAGAUUUCAAAAAAAUGUUUAGCUUUUUGAAAUUUACUGGUGCUUAUUGAACUGAUUUAUUUUAUUUUUUAUCAAUAACUUGGUUUUGACUUAGUUAAAUGACUGGGCACUGUCCAUUUGUUCUGUGCUGUCAUUGGUUAUAUAACAAACUAGAAAAUGGAGGCUGUAAACAAUACAAUAUAUUACAAAAUGAGAAAAUAUUUGAUAAGAAAUAAGACUAGACUUUGCAGCAGGUUGGUCAAAUAUUUGUUUCACAUUAAUGCAAACAAUGAAAUUUUUAGAUAAAGUCAAUUGUCCGAUUUUUGUAAAGAAUAUUUGUAUAUCACCCUAAAAUUUUAGAUGUGUAUAUUUAAUUUGCACUGUUAUAUAAAUAAUAAUAGUAAUAUCUUUAUUCACAAAAGGUAAAGAUAUGAAAUAUCAAGAAACAAUUCUACCUCUAUGUAAUACAUCCUGUCUUCAUUCAGCAAACAUUAUGAAAAUUUUACAGAGUUAUGUCUACAGAUGUCUGAUAUGCCAAAUAAAACAUCAGGGUGAUAACAAUAAUUACGUUGAAUGCUGCUCCUCCUCAACACCUAUUUUAUAUUGAUUUAUAAUACUGCACAUUGCGAACUUUUUAUUGGAUAAUAGUGAUGUUUAUAUAAUCUGUAUACAUGGCUGCUGUCUAUUUAUACAGUAAUUUUUGCUUUAUUAUAAAUUAAUUACAAAGACUAUUGACAAGUAAUAUGACCGUGUAUAAAUGAUUUAUAUUAGCAAUAUAUUACUCAUCUAACAGCUUGAGCUAUAUAUGAUAUAAACAUACAUACUGGACCAUGUAAAAAGAUUGUACAGAAUCUAGGAACAUUUGUUUAGUAUUUGUCUGAAAACAUCUAGCUUUCAAAAGAACCUUAGAUCUUUGGUAGUUGCCUGGUAAAAUUUUGCCAGAAAAAAAUGUAGUUUUCAACAUUCAUAUGGUAUGUGCAUGAUAAAAAAACUAGCUAGGAAUUUUGCCUGAUAAAAUUUAGCUCUCAAUAGAAACAAGGAACAUUUGUUUGUAUUUGUCUGGUAACAUGUGACUGUCAAGUACUUGUUCAGAAUCUAGGAACUUUCCUCUGCUAUUUGUCUGAUAAAGUCUAGCUCUAAAAUCAUCAAAGUAAACAAACUGAAAUUGUUUUGUUAGGCAAUAAUUCCUACCCGUAUAUAUUAUGACUAAAAGCAAUGUUCUCACAGGCUUAAAAUCUGUAUAAUACUAUUAACUUUAUCAUUAGUCAAUGUCAACAUGCUGGAACCAAAUGUGAUAAACCUUUGCCACUAAUAUAUGCACUACUGUUGGUAGCUCUCAUAAUGUUUUUGUUUUAAUAUUGAAAUCCCUAAACUUUGAAUGGACUGUUCCAAAUUCAAGUAUGGGCAAAUCCAUUGUACAAAUUCCGCAGGAUUAACAUCAACGUAUCACAUUUAUUCCUACAAGAUACUGAUAUGCAGCAUUGAAAAUCAAUAAUGGAUAUCAGUGUCCAAGGGGAAGAUCUGGCCAAGUGGUUAAGGUGUCUGCCUGUCUGAACAGGAAACAUGGGUUCAAGCUCUUCAUUGGUCAAAUACUAGUACAAUGUUUCUUCGCAUAUUUAAAGUACAGGUCUGUUCAAGGAAAAUACAGUCUCCCUGGAGGUUGAAAUGAUAUUAUUUAACUAAACAUAAUAUUAUACUGUGUCAGUAAACUAACAAAACAUUUAAACUACGAUGAACUUACUAAUAUUGCAAUGAUGUACAUGAAGUAUAAACUCUGUGUUUGCCAAUUAUCUCUUCUAAUUCACAACAAUUAAUCACAUACAAUCCGGACAGCCUAUGUUUUUGUUCUUUAACUUAAGAUAAGCUUCUUCAGGGAUUUAUUUUUGUUCAUAUUACCAAAGAUAUUGUUUCAUUUAUUAACAUAUGUAUUUUUAUUCUUAUUUAUUUCUUAUGAAGUGUUUUAGAUAAAGAGUUAUUCUACAUUUAUAUAAAUUCCUUUCAUUUGUUUUUUAUGUAUACAGCUAUUAAACAAUAACUUUCAAGUAUAUAAAAUAUAUAUCGGAGUGACUAACCUUCAAAUUGGGAGACCAGUUCUAUCUGUCAUCUUAUUGGUUAAUUUGAAAUUUGUUUUUGCAGUUUAAUGAUGCAUUUUAGAAAAAUAAUUAUCAUUAUCAUUAGAAUCGUUACAUUUUGGAAGUAGAAUAUGCCAAAUAUAGUCAUUCAUAUUACAUAGAAUGUUAUUUAACACAUUAUGUUGAAGAAGCUACGCAUCAUUGAAGAUGUAACUUGUGCCGUUGAUAAUAUCAUUUACACACAUCAAUCAUGUACUAUUUCAAAUAUACAUAUAUUUUAAAAUAUAGUUUCAACAUUUAUGGUCAUUUUAAUAUAGACAAACUGAAUGUACAACUUAUAUGGAAUGUAAUUUACAGCAAACCUCGCCGUGGUAGUACUCAAAGUCGCCGCGGAAGCAACCAGAGUCGACGUGGAAGUACUCAAAGUGUGAAGGCUAAGAGAGAGAAUAUGGAAGUAGAUCAAUAAAGACAUUUAUUAUGUUUGGAUAGAAACACAUUUGUUUUAUCUUUGUGCUUUAUUCAAUGUUGUGUUUAUUGUUUAUUGAAGUAGGAAGUGAUGUUUGUGAACAAUUUAUAUAUCAUAGUUAUAAUAACAUGAAAUUAUUUCAUAGUUUUCUUUGUCUCCUGAACAAACAAUAUACAUGUAAUGAUAUUUUAUAAUUUUGGAGUAGCAGAAGUUUAUAAUAAUUGAGCCAUGUCAUGACAAAACCAACAUAAGUUUGCCUUCAAACCUUAUUGGAGUAAGAGAAACUAAUAGCGAACAGCAUGGAUCCUGAUCAGACUGCGCGAAUGCGCAGGCUGGUCUGGAUCCAUGCUGGUCGCAAACACAUUAUGUUGGUUUUGUCAUGACAGGGCUCAUUUAGUCUCCUCUUCAAUGAAGUUUGGACACAAUGUACUGCUAUUUUCAAUCUUGGCUAUUUUAAAAUUGUCCAAAAUUUUAUGACAUUUAUAAUCUAUGCAGGACCUUUUUUUCAGCUAUUUAGAGAAAAUGCCCCUGGCAUGAAUUGGGAGAAAAUGUUCAACAUAUUGGGAAAUUUGAAUUUUUUUUAAGCAAUCAAUGAAAUGAAACUUACAAAUGACUUUAAAUUUUUUUAACAUGUGUAUGGUCAUAUAACCAGUCAUAAGUCAAAACAGUUCCAGUCCUUCCCAGAAGUUAAAAUUGGAAAAAGAGACUAAUUUGUAUUGGGAAUUAAGGGCAAUAUUUUGGCCCCCUGGUGAUAGGGUAAAAAUGCCCUACUAUGUGUAAAAAUGCCCUGCUAUACCCAAAUUUGAGGCAAUGUUUUCAAGCAAUACUUGAUAAUGAAUAAUGUAAAUGUACACAGUCUUAUAUUAUAUAUCACAGAUAAUACAUACUUGCAUUAUUUGUUAUUCUACACAGUCAAAAAUCAAGGGAACAAUCAGAGACAGAUAUAUGUUAUCUAUGUCUCUGGAACAAUAUAGAAAAAUAAUCAAAACAAAGUUCUACUUAAAGCAGUAUAGAAUAUGAAACAGAAUAGAGAAGAGACUGUUGUAAACAAGAAUAAGCCAAAAUAGAUCAGAGCAACAUUUUUAUAUUGGAAGUGGAUUUACAUUGGAUUUUCUCAAAAAUUUGAGUUUUGUGAAAAGUAUGAAAUAUCAGAUGAUAUAAUUUAUUAAAGUUUUUUUAUUGACACUGUUACAUUGUAACAUUGUGUUAAAAAGGUUAUUUUUUUAAUUUUUAAAGCUAAGAUAUUUACAUAGAACUUACUUAUAAUGAAAUGACCUGCACUGAUUCUAUAAUACUGGGAGUAAAUAGUUAAAUGAACUUAAUAUCAUAAACAUUGUGUAUUUGUUGACUUAAGAUGCAAAAAAAUACUUUUUAUUUUUGUUGUUAAUUCUUCUACAUUUUAGUAAUAAUUAUUGUUCUUGUUGGAAAGAUUUUGUGUAUUUUAAGUGUUUGUUGUAUAUGUUAGAUAUUGUAUAACAAAAUAUAGAUGAUGAUUGGUAUUGUUUUAUUUUAUUGAUGUAAAAUGUAGGUGGUCAUGUGACGGUAUAGGUGGUCAUGUGACAAUAUAAUCAUGUGACAAUAUAGGUGGUGAUGUGACAAUAUUGGUGGUCAUGUGACAAUGUAGGUGACAAUUUGACUAUGAACAUGAUGAAGGUAAUAUGUGACUUAAAGGUUUCAUCAGACACCAGAAGAGAUCACAUGACUUGAUGCACGGUCAUGUAAAAGUUUAGGCAUUAAUGUGACAAUAUAGACAGUCAUGUGACAAUAUAGACAGUCAUGUGACUAUGAAGGUGGUCAUGUGAUGUAUAGAUUUCAUUGAAGUUUUGAAAAAGUCACAGUAUAUUGGGUAUAAUCAUGCAGUUUUCUGUAAGUUAAUAUUUUUGUAUGCUGUCUGAAAAUGAAAUUGAUUGGUAUGUUAUUUCUACACUAAAAAAACCUAAGGAAGUUAAAGAUGCAAAAUGUGCUGUUUUAAAUAUGUACUUUAUUUCAAAAUUCAUGCAUUUGUAAAUCAUUUUGAGAAUAACAUUGUAUUAAAAUCUGAAAAAAAUAAUAGUGUACAAGCUGUUCUAUUAAAAACUAGUUGGAAAAAAUACAUUUUAUAUGGGUUCAAAUACUGAAAUAAUCAUGAAAAAUCACAUACAACAGUAUAGGUUUUUUGCCUGUUUUAUUCAGAGCACAUGCUACUAUUCUGAAUUAUGCAUUUGUGUGUACAAAGCAUAUACCACUGAAUUCUAUUUUUAGCCUGUGUACUCCAGUAAAUGGCAUAUUAUGUUGGAUAUUAUAUGUAUUUCCCAUUCCCAUACAUAUUGUUGGUGCUUAAGCUUUAUUUUUUAUUGAUAACACAUUAUCUUGCAGACUUAGUGUAGCAGUAUAUGAGUAAAGAUAUGAUAUUAUAAUUAAAUAGUAAGUAAGUUAUUUUUGGUAUAUUUUUCCAUGCAUGAUCUUUUUUUAAAGGGAAGUAAUUCAUGGUAACGUAACUGUGUUAUUUAAUGCUUUGAUAAAGAAGGCUUUUAUGCUAGGCCAAUUUUUUAUUAAAACUAAUGACUUUGUUAAUGUAGCAUCUGUGUAGAUAGUCAAUUUUGGUGUCCAGUUUUAGAUUAUACAGUAUACUUGAUAGAGAGAUGUCAACAAACAAACUAACAGGUAAUGCACAUUUUAGAUAGAUCUAUGCAAAUUAGAACAAGGAAAAAAACUUGAACAUAAAUUUAGUCAUUCUGUGCUUUUCAUUUACAUUUCUGAUAAAAUAAGAAAUCAAUACAAAAAAAAUGUUCUCAUGGAUUUUCUUUGAAAAAGAAUCAAACAUGUGUCACAUCUUGCAAGUAGUUGCUUUGUAUUAGAACAAAAGAAUUGUUUUAAUUAUGUUGAAUGUUGUAUCUCCACAUGUAUACCAAUUAUCUAAAUAUCUGUUUAAUGUCAGGCUUGAAAACAAAGGUAAAAAAUUGUACAUGUACAAGAGUUAUUCUUAUCUAUGUACCAUGAUAAAACAUUUCGAGACUACUCAAAGCACAUAUAUAUAUGUAGCAUAAGACUUAUUUAGUGUCUUUGCUUGAACAAGAUAUAUUGUUCUCUAAAUUUUUACCAGUUUCAUUAAAAAAAACAACAACUGGCUAAUAGGUCAUUUAGCAGAUUUUGAAAAAAAAUAUGUUUUUAUUUUUGUCAACAGUGUAUGCUUUACAAAAUGUAAUCUAUUCUGUUAACAGUGAAUAUAUUUUAUAUAAUCAAUAAACCUCUACUUUCUGAAGUAUACCAGUACAUAAUUAUAUUAUACAAUUCAUAGUAAAAUUUUGUAUUGAUCUGCCUCAGAAGUAUGGGGAUAUAGUGACUAUUUUGUGUAUUUUGUAUUUAUGAUUCAUAUGUUUGUAUAAUUGUUCUCUGUCAUUUUAUUCUGUUAUGAUUUUACAGCUUUAACAUGUGAACUAAAGUUUAGUGAAUAGUUAAUAGGGGAGAUGUGACAUAAUUAUAAUAAAAAUGUGAGAGAAUUGUU